AUGUCGCAGGGUAAGACGUCCAUGAUCUGCGGGAAAAUGAUGGUCUUCAUGACUCAUUUAUUGCUAUUAUUGGGAGUCUUACGAAUAGACAGGGUUUAUAGUAUACUCCAGAAAGAAAAGGUUCCAAUAGAUAUAAAUUUGUCUGGGCAACGACCAGCAAGAAUUACAACUAUCCCGUCUGCAAAAUUUUUUGGUGGCAUUAAUUAUAUCAUUCAACACAGUCGUAGGCAUACACAUAUUCUAGGGGCUGUCUAUGAUAAAGAAGAGCUAAUAAUUGAGGGGUCUCCGAUGAGUGUUAGUCGAUAUGUUCUUCAUGUAAUAAGAGAAGACGAUAGCAGAUAUCUCAGAAUCAUUACAAGAAACAGGUCAACUGGAGCGCAUGUUAGUACAGUCAACGAAUAUGUAAAGGGCCAUGGAGAUUCGGGAUAUAGAAGACUCAAUCGAAUACCAAUGGAUAUAGACCUGCUUUCUCAAGAAAGUAGUCAAUAUAUAUGUGUGGACUUCGUAACAGACUGGAAGACUAUAGACGGGAACAUAGAAAGUUUGAGGGAUUUGGACGGCAUCCCGGAAAACCUGGAACUCAUACCCAUGAGGUACCGUAUCCAAAAGGAGGUACAGGACGACUUUGUACUUGGCAGGGUGAAAUAUGGCCAAUAUCUCGUGGAGGAUUUAACUGAAGGGCUGAUAAGUAAGGAGAUCAUUUGGGAAGGUGGAAUAGAGCAUCCUCGUAUAAUGACCAUUUCACGAUACACAAACUGGAGCGAAGUCGUUAUAAACUAUAGGUUUAUAAGCGGGGAAUUUGACAAGUUUUACGUCAGAGAUAGCAAAAGGACGUUUAUAGACCUGCGAGGGUAA